AUGAGUACUUGUGACGCUCAGUGUAACGCCAUCAGUAGGUUCUUUACCUCGGCGAUAUAUGAGGCGCGGUCACUUUUCACGAGUGGCGUGUUUUCCUUUUUAGAGGUUAUGCUAGAACAAGUAGUGAGGGAGACAGUCACCGAAGAUAAUGUGAAAGCUGCGAUAAAGAAACCAAGUGUUGAGCAGGUAAUGGAAGCCGUGGUUAGGACGAUUAUGUGGUACAUUUGGAUUACAUAUGUAGUUCCUUUGAUAGUUCUCUUGGGUUUCAUAAGUGCAUUACUCUUAGCGGCUUACGUCUACGGAUGGGGGGCUAGGUGCUCAUCAGCUUUUUUGAAAGGUACCACAAUUACUCUGGAAAUGAUCAUGUACUGCUUCUGGAAAUUAAAGACAUUACUCUAUGCCUUUUUGAAUACUUACAAUGAAUAUGACGAUUAUGGUCUUCUCUCUAAAUUUAGAGGCCACCGAUACUUACCUGCCAAGUUUGCGAAAUGUAAGCUGCGCUGA